CCCCUGCAGGCCGCUGUCCCUGAGCCCCAGGAGCAGGACCCGCUCCUCUGGGCCUGGCCUGGGGCCCGGGAGUCUGCAGAGCUGCCCACACCUCGGGGGGACGCUGCCGAGGGGCGCCAUGGAGACCCCUGCCCCGAAGCCCCGGGAGACAGCUUUGUCCUCUCAGGACCCUGCUCUUACCCUCAGAGAGAAUCCAGAGGAUAAAUUGGGGCAGGGUCUCCUGGAAGCCAAGUCUGAGGUGACUUUCAAGGAUGUGGCCGUGGACUUCACCCAGGAGGAGUGGGGCCAGCUGGACUUCCCUCAGAGGGCCCUCUACCGGGAUGUGAUGCUGGAGAACUACCAGAACCUUCUCGCCCUGGGGCCUCCGGUCUGCAAGCCAGACGUGAUCUCCCACCUGGAACGAGGCGAGGAGCCAUGGCGGGUACCCAAAGAAGUCCCUGGAGGGGCUUGUCCAGAAUGGGAGCCCAGGCCUGAGACGGAAGAGUCGUCUCAACAGCAGGGCAUUCACAAAGAAGAGCCUUCUCAGGAACCCAUCAGGGAGCAGCUGGCGGGGUCCAGUCUCCACAGCCCCGGUCUGGGUGAUGGGUGGGCCUGGGAGGGCCCAGCAGCUGCUUUGUCGGGAGGUGAGGCUGUGCUCUGGAGGCGAGCGCCUGCCAGCUGUGGGGACAUUUUCACGGAGGAGUGCUGGCAGGGACGUGAGGCGUCUGAGAAGGCUUUUCGCCUCAGGUGCACCCUCUUUGCCCAGCAGAGCAUUCCUGUAGAAGCAGACUCUCCUGACAGACACAUUGACAAUUUCCAGUGCAGCAAGGCCGUAACCCAGCACCAGAGAAUGUGCACAGGGAGAAACUCUUGCAAGUCCAGUGAACACAGAAAGCAUCCACCUGUGAACAGGCAGCGGGGCGCUGGUACCGGGGAGGGUCUUUUUGUGUGCGGCGAAUGUGGGAAAGCCUUCCAUCAGAGCUCAUCCCUCACCCUGCAUCAGCGCUGGCACACACGGGAAAAAGCCUACAAGUGUAACGAGUGUGGCAAGGCCUUCACAUGGAGCACCAACCUCAUCGAGCACCAGAGGAUCCACACUGGGGAGAAACCAUUCUUUUGUGGGGAGUGUGGGAAAGCCUUCAGCUGUCACUCCUCACUGAAUGUGCAUCACAGGAUUCACACAGGUGAGAGGCCCUACAAGUGCAAUGCCUGCGAGAAGGCCUUCAGCUGCAGCUCGCUGCUUAACAUGCACCUGAGGGUCCACACUGGGGAGAAGCCCUACAAGUGCGGCGAAUGCGGGAAGGCCUUCAACCAGAGGACACACCUGACGCGGCAUCACAGAAUCCACACGGGAGAGAAGCCUUAUAAGUGUGAUGAGUGCGGGAAGGCCUUCACUUGCCAUUCGUCCCUGACUGUGCAUGAGAAAAUCCACAAAGGAGACAAGCCGUUUAAAUGCAGCGACUGUGAGAAGGCCUUCAAUAACCGCUCACGCCUCACCCUCCAUCAGAGGAUCCACACGGGAGAGAAGCCCUUCAAGUGCAGCGACUGUGGGAAGGGCUUCAGCUGCCACUCCUACCUCGUCGUGCACCAGAGGAUCCACAGUGGGGAGAAGCCCUUCAAGUGCAACGAAUGUGGGAAGGCCUUCAGCUCCCACUCCUACCUCAUUGUGCACCAGAGGAUCCACACUGGGGAGAAGCCCUUUGACUGCAGCAGAUGCUGGAAGGCCUUCAGCUGCCACUCGUCCCUCAUCGUGCAUCAGCGGAUCCACACUGGAGAGAAGCCCUACAAAUGCAGCGAGUGCGGCAAAGCCUUCAGCCAAAACCACUGUCUCAUUAAGCAUCAGAAAAUCCAUUCUGGGGAGAAGUCGUUUAAGUGUAAUGAGCGUGGUGAAGUGUUCACGUGGAGUGCCCACCUCACCGAGCACCAGAGAGCGCACAGCGAGGAGAAGCCCUUCGCCCUCCAGUUCAACAAGCACUUGCUGAGCACGUACUUCAUGCCCAGCAGCUUGCUGUGCACGGGGGGCACAGGCGUGAGUGGCAGGGAGCCCAUAGAUGCGCUGGACGUGGCAGAGCUCCUGUGUGUGGUUCAGCCCUCGGCCAGCAGUAAUUGCCCCCUGGGCAGCAAGCCUGGAAAUUGACCUGGCACACUCGCCAUCACAGUAGCCACCGUUGCCUCUCCCCAGGGUGAGUGGGGGAA